AUGGACCAUACAUAUGAAGAGAAAGGUGUGUGCAAACAUUCAGGGAAUAAUCACAAGGUGGAGGUGUGCCCGCUCAGACCCAGAGCUGGCACAGGGACCUCUCCCAGAAGGCUGCAGGGCUUCCCUCCCAACCCUCCAACUGCUCACUUGCUGAGCCUGUGCUUAUCUGUUCAGUGGAACUGCUGUGUGCCACGCUCCUCAGAAGAAUCCAGAUGUUACUGCAAUAACCACUCCAUAAACAAACAGAACGCCCAGCUGGGAGAACUGGCUUCUCAGCAUUCGUCCCAGCAGAGGCUCUUCCGGGGCUGGGUUCUGACGGUUCCCCUGUUUUAGCACAGCUCUUGUUGGCAGGCAGAUGGCUACGAGUACAGCCACAGGCUGAAGUGUCAACAUUUCAGACAACACAGACAGUACAAUGACAAAUUGGGGAUCAGCUCUAAUCUCAGCCCCCCAUUUAAUAUGUUGCUGAAUAUUCUUCUGAACAGAGUUCAUCCCACGCUGUCCCCUGGUACAAGACGCUCCAAGGGGCUGAAGAGAGAGGGACUUCUGCAGUCAAGACAUCUGGGACACUCUUGGACAGUCACAAUGUGCAUUUGGGUAUUAAAGGCUCUGAAAAGUUCUGCACCAAAUAAACCCGUGGAUUGGCUUGAUCCAAUGCCACGUUUCCAAAACCUACUUGCCCAUGGGACACCUUAGUCCAUAACACAGGUUGGCAUUUCUUCUAGAGAGUGUGCUCUGAAAAACACUGGUCUCACAACACCGUGCAUUCAUCCAGCAGGUAUUUACCAAGCAGGGACUUUGGGCCAGGUCCGUGUUAGGCUCUGGAGGUGGACCAGUCAGCCCUGGCCCCGAUGGUGUCACUUCUCAUGGGAGAGGCAGCACAGAAGUCAUUGAGAAAAUGAAGAAACACACAGGCACUUUCAGAUGCUGAUAAUGACUACCACGAGAAAAAAGAGCUCCAGGUGGUGUCAUUUUGAGACAAUCUUCUCAACAAUGAGACAGAAUGAACCAUGCAAACUUUGGGGGCUAUGAUGGUUUUAGGAAAGAGCUAGAGUGAAGAAUCCUUUGACAUAUAUUGAUACAAAUAAAGAUACAUGUGUAUAAUUUUAUGUAAUUGACAUCACAUUAUA